AUGGGGCAAAGGCAACGAGUGGCUGGGGACAAUGGGACAGAGGAUGGGGGCAUGGGGCAAAGGCAAGGUGUGGCUGGAGACAAAGGGGUAGAGGAUGAGGAAGAGAGAGGGGACAAUGGGGUAGAUUAUGGGAAAGAAGGAGGGGACAAUGGGGUUGAUGGGGGGUUGGAGAAAGAAGAGAGGCAGCAGCGGUACGAAGAGGAGGGACAUGAGAAUGGGAAACUGCUGGAGCAGGGAGAGGGAGUGAUACAUGGGGAUGGUGGUGGUGGCGGGAGCAUGCGGCAUGAUGUGAUGGAGGCGCUUGAGAUGCUGAAGCUGAACUUAAGAGCGUUGGAGGAGAACGUUGAGACAGUGCUGCACACUGAGAGCAGCCUGCACCCUCACGCCUUCAACACAAGUGAAGCAUUCUUGCAUCUCCCACCUGGCUCCAUUGAAACUGCCACACCAGCAGCAGCAGGAGCAGUAGCAGCAGCAGCACCACCACCACCACCACCACCACCACCUUCACCAGCAGCAUUACCAGCAGCAGCUGAGCUGGCAGCAUCACAGUCAGUUGCAACCAAUAAAGCCCAAGAACCACCAAGGAAGUUUGUGCGGCCAGCAGUGGCAGGGCCGGUGGUGAUAGCGGGCAUGGUGUAUAACCGCGUGUUUGAUGGCGACUACACUCGCUUCUGGGCGUUACAUGUGUGGCAGUGGUUGGAGUACCAUCGGUAUGCAGGAGUGAAUCGGUUUUACUGGUACGAUGAGGCCAGGAGCACUGACGAGGACCAGGACGUGGUGCUCGCCCCCUACAUCGUCGCCGGCUUGGUGGUAUACCACCGCGUGCGCGAGAUGCCAUUUGUGGAGGGAAACUUCACAGCGUACCUGAAUAGGGAGUUCCGGUGCAAGCAGGGUGCCGCAUUCAACCACUGGGUGCAGCACUAUGCAUCGGAGGUGCACUGGGCUUUCCACACCGAUAUCGACGAGUAUUUUUUCUCCCCGGCCGGCACACCGCCCGGCUUUCUCCGUCACUACCUGCAGACACUGCCAAAUACGACAGUACAGGUGCUGGUCCAGAACAUGUUCUUUCUGGGGGAACCACUAGGCUCCAACACCGACACUCUACUAGAGCGCUACACCCUGCGCAUGCCCACCUCCUCCGGGCGCCUCCGCACCAAGCCCAUUGCAUGGCUGCCCCUCGCAGCGCACCGUAGCAGUGACCCCGCGAGUGCCCGUGAUGUUUUCAUUAGUCCUCACCAGUGGCCUAUGCUGGAGAAUGGCCGGUCGCCAUUGGUUGAUGACGGGGUGCUCAGGCUGAACCACUACUGGGGGGACCGCGCCGGGGUGGUUUCGGACAGUACCCCAGAUUAUAGGAUGGAUGUCACAAUGAUGACCGAGUAUGGGGGCGGGCUCGUGAAGGAUGAGUCAGCAAAGCCCAUGGGAGUGUGGCUGCGGCAGCGCAUGCAGGUGGCAUGGGCGGUCAUAUCAGCCCAGGCGGUUCACAAGGAGAGGGAGCGGCUCAGGAAACGUGUGGCUGAGGUGAAGACACGUGUCAGGCAGCUAGUGGCUCUCGUGCCCCAGCUGUUGAAAGGGAGAGGAGGCGGGGGAGUGAGGAGAGGAAGAGGAGGUGGAAGGGGAGGGGGGGUGAAGGAACGAGGAGAGGGGGGAGAGGGAGGAGAGGGAGGGGAGGAGAGUGAGGAAGCAAGGUAG